CUGCCAUGCCGUCACCCAACGGAUCCUUAUCUCCGAAAGGGCGAGGCAGUGAAGUCAGCCAGGGGGCAGUCACAGACCGAUUGAGCGAAGCGAGCUCGAGCCCAACGAAUGGCAGGCGCAGCAGACGCGCGAGCCUUCACUCGGAAGUCAGCGCGAACAGAGUCUCUUCAGAUCUAGAAUGCACCGUGUCGGACACUCUGGGAAAGUUUCAACCACCUUCAGAAAAUGGCGACACAGCUAGCAUCGCUGGCUCAUCCAUAUGGGGAACAGAGCAUACGCCGACGAAGAAGUAUUCCAUAGCGUUUGGCGGAAGCAAAUUGAAUCUUGCCGAGACAGCUCCUGACGCAGAUCUCGCCAGGGAGUCGUGGCUUUUUGUCCCCAAAGACAGAUGGGUACAGGUAUGGGCGACUUUCAUCCAUGCCACGGUCAUUUUCAGUGGAUUCUUUGCUCCUUUGCGCUAUGCACUCUUGGAUUCACAGGCUGUGGGUGCCCUGAUUCUGGAUUCUGUGCUAGAUGUCAUUUUCGCAAUCGACAUUCUUUUCACCUUCAACGUAACUGUUUGGACGCCGGGUGGCUACAUGAUUUCCAGGCUUGAUAUUGCCAAGAGAUACUGGUGGAGUGGUCGUUUGUGUUUGGAUAUCCUGGCCACGGCGCCUGUGGAUUUGAUUGGUGAACUUGCUGGUUUGCCCCCGUCGGUGACCAGCGCUUUAGGGCUCCUACGCCUUGUGAGGCUCUAUAGACUCCUGGUGAUGUUUAGGGAGAUGCAGCAGAGUGAUAAGACGAACUUGAUUGUCAUCAUGUUGGCGAAGUUUGUCACCUGCAUUUUGCUGUCGACCCAUCUCUCUGCCUGCCUCUUCUGGGGCCUUGCCCGGGAUGAUAGUUUUGGGGAAACGACCUGGGUUGGACAAGGAGCUCCACUGCUGCCAUCCCGACAAUGGGUGGCACGAUACGUAACUUCCCUCUUUUGGGCUGUGGGCACCUUCAAAGCAGGGCCCGCUUCAGGUGAUUUAGUUCCUACCAGCGACUCUGAAAAGAUCCUGGCAUGUGCUGUGAUGAUGGCCAACAUUUGCCUCCAGACCUACCUGGUGUCAAAUCUGUCCGCUUUGUUGACGCGGGCAGAUGUUGGUAUUUAUACGAUGAGAAAGGAGCUACGUCAACUCUCCAUUUUUUCCAAGACCUUCGGUUUGCCGAAGCAUGUGAAGGAGCAAUUGCAGAGCUACGUUCGCUUCAAGUUUUCCACGGAUCAGGAGUUGGAGUCCAGCGUUAUGUCAAUGCUGCCAGAGCUGUAUAGGCAGCGAAUCAGUUCUCUUCUCUACGCGAAGCUUGUAAGAGAAGUGGAGCUCUUCUCUGGUUGUGCGAAACGCUUUUUGUCCCAGCUGCACGGCAGCCUCACCUCCAAUCUGUACAUGGCUGGCCAUCACUUGGUCUAUGUGGAUGAGUCCACUGCAUAUUUGUACAUCAUUUCUGAGGGUGAGGUGAUGUUGUCAAGUCAGGGUGUCUCUGUAGAGACGCGGCGCAGCUUAGAGACGUUCUCAGAGUUUGCAUUUCUCUGCCGCUUGCCGGAGCCCUUUGAUGUGAGCAGCAAGACUUUGUGCAGGAUCUUGGCCUUGAAUGUUUCUGCGUGGGAGUCUGCCAUUGCAACGUUCCCCGCAGACGGAGUCCAGGUGAUGGAGAACCUGAUCCGCAUCUCAAAGCGACGCAGGUUCGAGUUCCCGAAGAACACCGUGGGCAGCAGGAUCUACAAGUCCAUCAUCAGAGAUGCGCAGACACACAUCGUCCACCGGAGGGACAUGACCACUGCGGCCUUGUGUUUCGCAUCGGCCAGCGGAGAUGUGGCAGAGGUGAGGAAGUUGGUGACUGGGCAAAGCCCCAACUGCUGCGACUAUGACAGACGGACGCCGCUUCACGUGGCUGCGUCCAAAGGUCAAGUGGAUGUCAUCAAGAUUUUGCUAGACGCCAAAGCGCAGAUCAAUAGUAUGGACAAUUUUUCGCGUACACCUUUGAUGGAAGCCUGUCGGCAGCGACAAAUGGGUGCUGCACGAACGCUUCAUGAUGCUGGGGCUCAGCUGGGCUUUGGAGAAGACAUGUCGCUGAAGGUGAGACACACGUUGACAGGGGAAUCUGAUGACUCUGGUCAAGAUGCGCAAAGCGAAGCAGACUCCAAUGCACCGCAGGAAGUCUUCGACAAGUUCGCCGAAGCGGCGGAGCUCUGUGCUGCCGCAGCAGACCCGCAACAGCUGUGGUUUUUGACCAGUCUCUUGAAAUUCCGAGCGGAUGCCAAUGCAGGAGAUUAUGACAGACGGACGCCGUUGCACUUGGCGUGUGCCUCUGGCAAUCAUGGCGCCGUCGAGGUGCUUCUGCACGAGGAUGUGAUCAACAUGGACUGUCGGGACAAUUUUGGGCGAACGCCCUUGAUGGAGGCCGUCAGACAUGGCAAUGAGAGUUGUGCUCGGAAGUUGAUGCACCGCGGCGCCCAUCACGGCUUCUGUGUGGACGGUGAGACUGACGAUGCCAAUGCCACCCAUGCGGGACAGGAGCUGUGCCAGGCUGCUUUUUCGGGACAGAACAAGUACCUCAACAACUUGAUCUCCCUUUGCGGCCUCAGCCCAGACUGCUGCGACUACGACAAGCGCACAGCACUGAUGUUGGCGUGUGCAGAAGGCAACAUGGAUGCAGCGGUAACUCUGGUCCAGGUGCACGCAGAUCCGUACCUCAAAGACCGUUGGGGUCACACGGCACUGAUGGAGGCCAAAGACAAUGGGCACUAUGAUCUCGUGCAAGUCAUGGAGCGCAUUUGGAAAUCUCAUCAGAAGCGAAAGAAGGAGAAGGAGAAAGCCGAGAAAGACUUGUUCCCAUGCUAAGCCGAGCCGAGGUCAUCCUUGGCAGCUGUCGAUGAAUCCGUAGAAUCAUUUUUGUGAUAUCAAAUGUGAGGAAUUCGGGAAGACAUUGCGAUAACAACAAAAUUCAACAAGCGCAAAAUGACAGCGAUGAAAUCAGAACAUCCCAGGC